UCAACCCUUGACAAAGCAUUCAAGGUGAAGAUGAACGAAUGGUUUUACUUCACGGUCCACCUCGGGCACAGUUUGUUACAUUGUUUUGAAAAGACUCAAGGCGAUGGCUGGAAAGUCUGCAUCGAGGAGGUGUUCAAGGUCAAAUCUUAUGCGCCACAUAUUGACCAUCUUGUAUUUUCCGUUCGUUGCUCGCCUGCAUAAUAAACACAAAAAAUCAAUAAUGAACAGCAUGGUGUGUCGUCAUGACGACAGGGCAAACAAAUUUGUUUUCAUUCUGUUACUUUUGAGAAUGGCCGUUCUAAUCGGAAGCAAUAAAAACAAAUUGAAAAAAGAUGGCAAUGAACUAUGGGAAGACAGGGAAGUCCGUUUUGACGUCCCCAUCACGCAAAGCAAGAUGCGUUCCGGAGAGAAAAUCAUAGACAAACUCGACUUUGUUGAAGACACAAAAGGCAAUAACGGUGAUAAAGGAAGGCUAAUUGUCACCAACUUGAGAAUAAUGUGGCAUUCUUUGUCUAUUCUACGUAUAAGCCUAUCGAUUGGAUUGAAUUGUAUAGUAUCAGCUUCGACCAAAGUUGUCAAUUCAAAAUUAAGAGGGACAACAGAAGCCCUCCACCUUCUUACGAAAUUUAACAACUCUAGAUUUGAAUUUAUAUUUACCAACCUUGUCUCUGGAAACACGAGGCACUUCACAUCAGUUAUGGGAGUCCAUAAAGCGUAUUUGUCUGCAAGGCCAUAUCGUGAGUUAAAGUUGCGAGGUGCUGUUGUAAGGAAUAAGCAGCUCUCCAUCUUGCCGCUCGAGCAAAUAUACAAUGUAAUCGACGGCGUAUGGAACCUUUCAAGCGACCAGGGCAACCUUGGGUCAUUUUACAUCACAAAUAUUCGCCUUGUCUGGUUUGCGGAAAUGAACGAAAACUUCAAUAUUUCACUGCCUUAUAUACAGAUAGCAUCUAUUAAAAUCAGGGAUUCAAGAUUCGGGCCUGCACUUGUUGUGGAAAGCCGCCCUGGAAGUGGAGCAUAUGUUUUAGGAUUCAGGAUAGAUCCACAAAGCAAGCUGCAUGAAAUAAGCAACGAACUUAUCUCCAUGUACAAAAUUCACUCGGCGAACCCCGAGUUUGGUGUACAGUAUUCAAUCAGCGAGCAGGCCGUCCUGUCAGAGAGUGAGCCCAUCAAAGCUGAAGAAGUGGAGGAAGUCGAAACGGAAGAUCACGCCGGCAUCCUGAGUGCUUACUAUGCCGAGGGGCAGGAGGGUGAGGACGGCCCGCCGGUUUAUUCACCAGAGCUCGGCCUUGCUAUCGAGACUAUCAGGGAGGGCCAUACGCUCGCCUCGCUCUGGCAAGUUGUGCCUCCUCCGAUAAAUACAAAAUCAUAAAUUGUUUAUAUUCAAAUACAGUAGGCUUUUUUUUUUAAGGCAAAUUUAAUUUGUAUUAAAGCCAAAAACUUAUGAUUAUUUCCCAACACCUAUUGUGGAAUGUUCAAAGUGAAGUGAUAAAGCUCUAUGAAGUAAAAGAAUAAAACACCAGAAUAUAAUAAAGUUUAAUAAC